CGCCGCCGUCGUGGCGGGACUUGCGAUCCCGAUGCCCGUCUGAAGUGGCGGCUCGCGGGCUCCCGGGGCCUCUGCGGAGGGCGCGCACAUGGCGACUCAGGCGCAGUGCCUCAGCUACUCCGGGUGCAACUUCUUGCGCCAGAGACUGGUCCUCUCCACCCUGAGCGGACGCCCGGUCAAGAUCCGGAAGAUCCGGGCCAGAGACGACAACCCUGGCCUUCGAGACUUUGAAGCUAGCUUCAUAAGGCUUCUGGACAAAAUAACUAAUGGUUCACGAAUUGAAAUAAACCAAACAGGAACGACCUUAUAUUACCAGCCUGGCCUCCUGUAUGGUGGGUCUUUGGAACAUGACUGUAGUGUUCUUCGUAGCAUUGGAUAUUACCUGGAGGCCCUUCUUUGCCUGGCACCAUUCAUGAAGCACCCUUUAAAAAUAGUCCUGCGAGGAGUGACCAAUGACCAAGUUGACCCCUCGGUUGAUAUUCUUAAGGCAACCGCACUCCCUCUAUUGAAACAGUUUGGGAUUGAUGGAGAAUCAUUUGAGCUAAAGAUUUUGCGACGGGGAAUGCCUCCAGGAGGAGGAGGUGAAGUGCUUUUCUCAUGUCCUGUGAGGAAGGUGCUAAAGCCUGUCCAGCUCACUGACCCAGGGAAAAUCAAGCGCAUCAGAGGAAUGGCGUACUCUGUUCGUGUAUCGCCUCAGAUGGCAAAUCGGAUCGUGGAUUCUGCAAGGAGCAUCCUCAACAAGUUCAUUCCGGAUAUCUAUAUCUACACAGACCACAUGAAAGGCAUCAACUCUGGAAAGUCUCCUGGCUUUGGGCUGUCACUCGUUGCUGAGACCACCAAUGGCACCUUCCUUAGUGCUGAACUGGCCUCCAACCCACAGGGCCAGGGAGCAGCAGUGCUUCCUGAGGACCUUGGCAGGAAUUGUGCCCAGCUGCUGCUUGAAGAAAUCUACAGGGGUGGAUGUGUGGACUCGACCAAUCAAAGUCUAGCUCUGCUGCUCAUGACCCUUGGACAGCAGGAUGUUUCCAAAGUCCUGUUAGGACCACUCUCUCCCUACACGAUAGAAUUUCUGCGGCAUUUGAAGAGCUUUUUCCAGAUUAUGUUUAAAAUCGAAAGCCAGCCAUGUGGUGAAGAACUCAAGGGUGGGGACAAAGUACUGAUGACCUGCGUGGGUGUAGGCUUCUCUAAUCUCAGCAAGACUCUCAAGUGAUGCUGUCACAAGAGAAGGCUUCAUUGCCCACAUAUGAUGCAGAAGUUCUCCAAAAACACCAGCGGGACGAAGUCCAGUCGGGCUCAUCUGGAACAGGAAAGCCACUUAAUGUUAGGCAUUGUCUGCAAUAAAAGAAGUGUCUGCAUCGUGGUCUCCUGUGUUUCUCCAGUAGUGUUGACAAUUCUCAGAGACCAGUCACUAUGAGCUCCCCUCGCUCACUGGGAGAGAAGCCGCUUUAUGUCUCCUGAAUGUGUUACUGUCUUCAUCUGCUUAACCAUAUUUGUGAAGGACAAAGGGCACAGUUGUGGGAUUUGUUUACAUAUUUUCUGUAUUGUAAGUAUGUUAUAAAUUUUUUUAUUCUUA